CGUCGUAUGAAACGUUGUCGAGGGUCCUGAACGACGCCUUCUUCGAUUAAAUACAGAUUGCGAGUUCUUGGAAGAGGAAGCGCAAGCUCUCGUCGUCACGUGACAAUAUCUCUGCCCAAAAAUCACAUUGAUCAAUUUUGCACAUCCAUAUAAUCGACAAUCGUACAAGCAAGAUUUAGAAAGGAUGGUGCAAGUUGGGAAAAGAAGAGAAAACAUGGUCGGAACGAGGGCCCUUUCAAUAAUGUGUAAGGCGAACAAUAAAGCUUUUUCAACAAGGUGAGGUUUGAACUGACACAGCUACAGAAAUGGUGUAUGCUUUGCCAGUGGAUGCUGUAAAACCCUCCCUGCACUCAACACUCCUCUCAUACCUGAUGCAGAACAAUUCAGAGAGGGACAACUCCUCAGCUCUCCUGACAGGCUCUCCAACAGCUGCCUGCAAUCUGGACUCCUCCCUCUCCUCUCAUCCAAACAGCACCCGAGCCUCCUACGAACUCACCCCAGCAGAAGUGACAGUUCUCGGGCUGAUCUUUGGCUUGCUCUGGCUGGUCUCUGUCCUGGGCAAUGCCCUGGUGUGCCUGGUCAUCCACCGCAGCCGCAGAACCCAGUCCACCACAAACUACUUUGUGGUGUCUAUGGCGUGUGCUGACCUGCUGCUGAGUCUGGGCUGUGCGCCAUUCAUCCUGCUCCAGGUAUCUUCAGGACAUUGGCCUUUGAGUGCAGCGGCCUGCAAGGCAGUGCGUUAUGUCCAGCACUUGUGCCCUGGAGUGCAGGUGUACGUGCUUCUCUCCAUCUGCGUGGACCGUUUUUACACAAUUGUCUACCCCCUGAGUUUUAAAGUGUCUCGGGAAAAGGCCAAGCGCAUGAUCCUGGCCUCCUGGCUUUUUGAUGCAGCCUUCAUCUCGCCAUGUCUCUUUUUCUACGGCUCCUCGUCGGCAAUAGUGGAGAGGCACUGCGAGUUCUUCCUUCCAGACUCCUGGGACGGCCUGGCCUAUUCAGCGGUCCACCUGCUGUUCGGGUUUCUGGCACCAUCGCUCCUCAUCCUGUCCUUUUACCAGAGAGUGGUGCGCUAUAUCUGGAGGAUCAGUGCCGACGGACGCAUGGUGCGCAGAACCAUGAACAUUGUACCCAGGACUAAAGUGAAAACCAUCAAGAUGUUUCUCAUGCUCAACACUGUCUUCCUCCUCACCUGGAUACCCUUCUACGUUGCCCAACUAUGGCAUCCUCGUGAGGCCACUGGCCCUGGAAGACAGGGGGUGCUGUUCUUCAUUGCAAUUGCCUGGAUGUCUUUUAGCUCUACAGCAUCGAAACCCACACUUUACUCAGUGUACAAUGCCAACUUCAGGCGAGGCAUGAGAGAGACCUUCUGCAUGUCGUCGAUGAAGUGCUAUCGAAGCAAUGCAUACACCAUCACCGCCAGUUCACGAAUGGCCAAAAAAAACUAUGUGGGUGUGGUUGAUUUGCCUGUCCCAGCGAAGACUCUCAUUAAAGACUCUGUUUAUGACACGUUUGACCGAGAAGCAAAAGAGAAAAAAUUGGCGUGGCCUAUAAGUGUGAACCCACCAAACACAUUUGUAUGAACUGUCACGCUAAAUAGUGACCAUCAGGGGUGACAUUUUAAGAGUUAUGCUAGCAGAGUCAAAACUCAAGAUGUAAAAAAAUACACGGUGCUAACUCAGGUUCGCAUUUGUGACAUUGUGAAACAAGCCUAGCAUCGACAAGUGCAAAUGUUCUACAGUUCUAUGUGUUGCGGUUAUUCAGACUGAAUCAAACAAGAAGGAAAUGACAGUAGAAAAUGUUUGUCUAAAAACUUGCUCAUGUGUCCAGUCAUUUUAACUUACAGCAGCUCAUGGCAGCCAGCUUUCUACCAGAGCUAAUGCAUUUGUGUUGUUUGUCUGUAGUAUGUUAAAAAAAACUUAAUUGCUUGUAAUUUCUUGUGAUCAUAUACGUCUCAUAAGACAAAACCAAACCAAGAAGUUGGAUGUUAUUUUGUGGAAUAGAAAUGGGCUGAGAGGCAAAGUCUAGUCAUAUACAUGCAGUCUAGAUUUGUUCUAAUCCUAUGGUUGGUCUGUAAGAACCACAGUGACUAUCUUAUGGUGAUAGGUCAAAUAAGAGUUGAGGAAUGUCAAUUGCUUCUACUCCAACAUGGCUGGGCCAUUCUCUGAUGCUGCUGUGAUAAUUUCACUUAAUACCAUGGAGUGUUGCUUUCUAUAUCUUAUACCUGCAUAUGUCCAUAACUGUGUUCGCAAGCCUUUGAUUUUAAAAGUGGUGAGCAAUGAAUAAAGAAUUUGGUUGUA